CGAAUAGCAAUUAGUGAUAAACGUCUUAUUAAAGAAGGUGAACUUCGUGAAUGUUUAUCAGAAAAUGGACGUAUGUCAGUAUUACAAAAGUUAACUAUUCGUAAACCAAAUACAUUCUAUUUAAUAUUAUUUAAUGAUAUGUUGCUAAUAACAAAGAAGAAAAA